ACACAACGUCAAAGAAUCUCGCACCUAUCAUCUACCCUCAUUUCCUACGCACUUUACGUUUCACCGCUGACGUCUCUUCCUACAUCUGAUAACGAUACCCAGUCCCGUCCUAUACCCAUCGUCGCCUGGCCCGUACGGUCGUGUUCUUCGUCCAGCGUCAUCAUCAUGAAUCCAGAAUACGAUUACCUCUUCAAGCUGCUGCUUAUCGGAGACUCGGGCGUUGGAAAGUCAUGCCUGCUCCUGCGAUUUGCUGACGACACAUACACGGAAUCCUACAUCUCCACCAUUGGCGUCGACUUCAAAAUCAGAACGAUCGAACUCGAUGGCAAGACCGUGAAGCUACAGAUUUGGGACACAGCGGGACAAGAACGCUUCCGCACCAUCACGUCAUCGUACUACCGCGGUGCUCACGGAAUCUGCGUCGUCUACGAUGUCACGGAUAUGGAUUCCUUCAACAACGUCAAGCAGUGGCUGCAAGAGAUCGACCGAUACGCCACCGAAGGCGUGAACAAGCUGCUCGUCGGAAACAAGAGCGACAUGGCUGACAAGAAGGUCGUGGAAUACACGGUCGCAAAGGAAUUCGCCGACUCGCUCGGCAUCCCCUUCCUUGAGACGUCCGCCAAGAACGCGUCCAACGUCGAGCAAGCCUUCCUGACAAUGGCCCGCCAGAUUAAAGAGCGGAUGGGAACUACCGCCAACCAGAACAAGGAGAAGAUCAACAUCGGCCAAGGCCAGAGCGUCCAGAGCGGAAGCAAUAACGGCUGCUGUUAAGCGGUGUCCGAUCAGUAUGCCGCGCCCCUGCGGACGACAACACGCCGCAGAUGGUCGUUGCACCGAAAGGGGACGCGGGGGAAAGGUAGAGAGCGUGGAUGAGCAGCAUGAGCAUCGAUAGGGCCGUCUCCUAUAAUACGCAUUCAUGCCAUGCGGAUGGAUAUGAGUGAAGGGAUAUUUUCGAAGGGGUCGGCGGGAGUUCUUAGGUUCGUGCCGAGCGUGUUUCGGCAGCCACUUGUCCGAGAGGGUUUCAGACAGUAGAAUGUGCCGUUUUAUCACGUCCAGUAGUCCUGCUCAACGGAUCGCGGUGAUUGUCUCUUUGCUGUCGUCAGUGUUGGGCUUGUUUACUUGGGAAUAUAUG